AUGUCUGCUUACUGGAGGUCGCCGUACUACAUACUCGUGAGGGUCUCCACACAAAACUCCGGAAAGCGUCUCGUCCAUUAUGCCAACUUGCUGGUUUGGAGAGUCCGCAGAUUGAUGCGGUGGGGCUGGGGGGAGAGACGCUUUAAUCUGAAAGAUCUGGACUCCCAGGCGCAUGAUUCUCUUAUCCUUGGAGAAGUGUCAGGGUCAGUCAAGAAAAGGAACAAGGAAGCGCGUCCUGUCGUGAUGCAAGUCCAGUGCCAAGCAGUUCGCUUGGGAGGUGGAAGGGCGAUUCAAGAUCAGUUGUUAUGGCUAUGGGAGAACGGAUACUGGAGAUUCAUUCCAAGCUACCAAAUUGAGCUACGGCGGCGCAGCAAACCUCUGGGCAUGGCAGCGCUCGGAGUCGAAGAACAUGUUCAGGAACAAUACGGGGAAAGCGGAUCUAGGAUAAAAAUUAAGGAACGACGCGUUGUUGGAAUUGGGCCAGAUAGGAGUGACAAAAGGGGAUCGGUUGAGUCGGUGCGUGACAUUGGGUAG